AUGGACGGAGUUCUUGAGGCAAUCACAUCUCGGGUUCCGCCUGCUGUGGGUUCACAUUUAGAUCGACAAUUUUCUGCUGAUGAGAGUGCUUUUAUUGGGGGCCGUUUGAUUAGUGACAAUGUUUUGACGGCUUUUGAGAUGUUUCAUUUCAUGAAAAAUAAACGGCAUGGCAAGGAGGGAUGCUUUGCGCUCAAACUUGACAUGAGCAAAGCCUAUGACUGUGUUGAAUGGGAGUCGACUGUUGAGUUUCGUCCGACGAGGGGCCUUCGCCAAGGGGACCCGUUGUCGCCUUACUUGUUUGUGUUGUGUGUUGAGGGUUUGUCGGCAUUAAUUACAAGGGCAGAGACAAGUCAUCGUCUUACUGGUAUGGCCAUUUGCCGAGGGGGACCUCGCAUUUCUCAUUUAUUUUUCGCUGAUGAUAGUUUGCUCUUUGGAGUGGCCAAACCAGAGGAGAUUUUAGUUAUUCAGGGGUUAUUGCUGGAGUAUGAGGGGGCAUCUGGGCAAAAAAUUAAUCUUGACAAAUCAACCAUCUUCUUCAGUGCUAAUGUGGAUGCUGGGCGUAAGGAGGCUCUGCGACAAAUUUUAAAUGUAGGCAGUAUGGUUGAAUCAGGUAAAUACUUGGGUCUACCGUACCUUCUUGGUAGGUCCAAGAAAGAGGUGUUCACUUUUAUCAAGGACAGAGUUUGGAAACGGAUUAGUAGUUGGAAGGAAAAAUUUCUUUCGGUGACGGGAAGAGAGGUUAUGAUAAAAGCUGUUAUUCAAUCCAUCCCUACUUAUGUUAUGUCUUGUUUCCAGCUUCCAACAACUUUUUGUGCUAAGAUUGAUUCCAUGGUGUGUCGUUAUUGGUGGGGACCAAGUGGAAAUAAGAGGAAAAUUCAUUGGACCUCAUGGGAAGCUUUGUGUCACCCGAAAUGGGAGGGAGGAAUGGGCUUCCGUCGGUUGGCGAAUUUUAACAGUGCUAUGUUGGCCAAACAGGGAUGGCGCCUUCUCACGUCCCAUGACUCUUUAUUUGCUCGGUUGAUGCAGGCCAAGUAUUAUCCGAGCUCGACAUUUUUGGAGGCUGAGUUGGGGUGCAAUCCCUCUUUCACAUGGCAGAGUAUUUUUAACUCUCGCCCUCUUUUGAUGGCUGGGUUACGGUGGCGAAUUGGCGAUGGGCACACUGUUAAAAUUUGGGGUGAUAGGCGGUUGCCUAGGGGUUAUUCUUUUCUUCCCAUUUCUCCUCAUUCUCUUCCUAAUGUUACCAGGGUGAGCUUUUUGAUAGAUUCAGACCGAAAGUGUUGGGACUUGGGAAAGCUACAGACCUAUUUCCUCGCAGCUGAUGUGGAAGUGAUUCGGAAAAUUCCUAUUAGCCCUUACCUGCCUUCUGACAUAUUGAUUUGGCAUUAUACUUGA